GUCUCCUGGGAAGCGCAGGAGAACAGCAUGGCCGCCAUGCAGCCCAAGGUGACCUGUGUCCUGCUCCUGGUCUUCUGGCUGGCACUCAGCACCCUGGCCCAGGGCCAGGACGAGACGUGCACAGUGGCCCCGAGCCAGAGGAAGAACUGCGGUUUUCCGGGCGUCACGCCUUCCCAGUGCGCAGCAAAGGGCUGCUGCUUUGACAGCACCGUCCCCGGGCACCCGUGGUGCUUCUACCCUUCGAAGGUCGAUGACCUCCCAGAAGAGGAGUGCUCGUUUUAGCCGCUGUCCCCGGGGAACCGCGUCUGGGCGCGGAGUGGACGCCCGGGCCGCCGCUCGGGGCUUCUGCCUCGGAGCCUCCGCUCACCGCAUGGAUCGACUGCUUCGAUUUGUCGUGCUCAGAAAUGACCUAAAAGCAAAAGGGAUGAGUGCUACUUUGUGCUUCUAGUGCUUUUAAAAAUAA